UUUUAAAAGAAGUUCAUUAAUUAAUGCUAAACAGAAUAAUCAAAUGUCUUGAUAACCCACCGUAUUUUCCCUCGUUCCAAAAUAAAGAAUCCUUCAGUGCGGAGGCUUCCUCCGACGUCUUCGCCGCCAAACAUAAGUUUCAUUUAUGAGAAAAUGGGCGUCCCCCGUCCUUUUGCUUUCUUUUUACAAGAUUAUUCAGUUCGGAGUCAGCACCGCGUGACAGAUAAUCAAUAAGCUGCAGACGGCAAACCUGGUCCAAUGGAGUCCAAAAUGUCCCCCAUUGCUGUGAUUUUACCUGAGGCUGAACUGAAGUGCUCAAUCUGCCUGGAUAUUUUAAGCAAACCGGUUACAAUACCUUGUGGGCAUAGCUUCUGUAUGUUGUGCAUCCAGAAUUACUGGGAAAAUGACAGCUGCCGCUGCCCCCACUGCAGAGAGACCUUCAUGAAAAAGCCUGUGCUAAACUCCAAUACCAUGCUGUGCUCACUGACAGAGCAUGUGCUAAGGGGCAAAAGUGGUGACCCAGCCUCACUGGUGGCACAGGAAGGAGACAUAGCCUGCGAUCUCUGCAACGGGGCUAGCAGGCUGGCAGCCACGAGCGCCUGUGUCACCUGUCUGGCCAACUUCUGUGACGUGCACCUACAGCCGCACCAGGACAGCCAUGCCCUUGCUAAGCACAGCAUCUGCAGCCCCAUCGCUGACCUGUAGGGGGUGCUCUGCCAGCAUCACGGCAAGCUGCUGGAGUUCUUCUGCAAGUGCCAUGGGGUCCUCCUUUGCAGCCUGUGCCUCACGAAGCACCGCAAGUGCCCCAGUGCCACAGCAGAGCAGAUGAAGGAAGCCUGGAAGGCUGGAAAUGAUUCUAAGCGAGAAGCUGUUCAAAAAGGAAAAGACCAUAUCAAGGGACACCUGGACCACCUUAAGAUCAUUAGCGAGGGGUUGCAUGAGGAAGCUGAACUGAUGGUGGAAAACCUGACCAAGCACUUCCAGGGCCUGAGAAAAAUCAUUGACCAUGCUGAGGAACAGGCCAUGGCCGUCAUGGAGGCUGACAAGUGUGAGGCCCUGCAGAAAACUGCAAAGCUCCAGGAGCAGCUGCUAAAGGACCAGGGGAUGUUACAGGCUCUGGAAGAGGAGAUAGAGACGUGCAGCUCGGACAAGAGCUACUUCAAUUUCCUCCUGGCACCAGUGGUGGUACCCCAGCUGCAGGUUCCCAGCCUGGAGAUUCUGCUAAACGGGCAAAUCGUGGAGAAGAUGGCUUCAGAUUUGGAUCUGCUCCAGGGCUACUUGGAGACCCGUCUCCAUGCUGUGGUACUCAAAGAGGAGGAUCCGCUGGAGAAAGGAAAUCCAGUGGGUGACUUCCAGGUUGUCAGGGGACACAGAAAACCCAGAAACAAGCUUCUGAAAUAUGCUUGUGCCUUGACCUUUGACCCCUGCAUGACAAGUGCCUCAGUGACUGUCUCAAAGGAUGGGCAGACCGUCACAGUGGAGCAUAGCGGCCUGCUGGCCUGGAAGGACUACCGUCUGGACGUGGAGAUGGGCUUCCGCGUGCUGUGCACACAGAGCUUCGAGAAGGGGCAGUACUACUGGGAGGUCAGCCCUCCCAAGAGCCAGAGCAGCAGUUGGGCUGUUGGGGUCACCUACAAGAAUGCAGAGGACUACUAUCGAACCUUGGGCCGAGACAAGAGGUCUUGGUGCGUCAAGUGGUGUGUGCCGCAAGUGCAAGAGGAGGAUGAGGAAGGAAUAGUAAUCCAACACCAAGGAUCAGGUAGUGAGGUUAAGAGUGAAGAGAGGUCUAGAUCACUAGAGGCAGGGACACACUCCGAGAGCAGUGAUGUAGAAGCAGAAUGUAGGGGUAAAGUUCCAGUGCCCAAGACUAACAAACAGACAAAGCCAGUGGGAAAGGGAGAUGGGACAAAGGCUGUAGAGACUGGGGAGGAGACUCCUUCCCAGAAACCCCUCGUGGGUUUUUUUGCUGUCCAUGACAGUCAGACGCAUCAUCUUUCUGAGCAGACCCCAGCAAAGAUCGGCGUCUAUCUGGACUGCGACCGGGCCUCUUUGUCCUUCUUUUCUGUCUCCGGUGCCAAAGUUAGACUCUGCUACAGGUUCAAGUUGCUCCUCCUGGAGCCUCUGCACCCAGCAAUUUGGCUAAGAGAAUCAGAGGAAAGCAUCUCCAUCAAUUUAGGGGUCAGAACAGGAGAUGCAUGGGCAUGUAAGGACAGGGAGGAGUAAUACUUACCCUUACUAGAUCACAUUUUGGUAGCAUGACUAAAACAUUUGCAUCUAUCUACUCAGUCAAAUGAAUUCUGUGCCUAAAGGAUCUUCAUUUCCAGUAAAAGUACAACCCUGUCCAUUUCUUUUUAAAUGAAUGGAACUAUACACAAGGCAUCAAGGUUGAGUUUGAUCAAAACACCAAAUAAUUCAGUCAAGUUGUGAUUGUUUAUUCCAUAAAUAAAUAUUUUCCAGCA